AUGUCCGCAGGGGGAGAGAAGGCUUCCAAGCCCAGCGCGCAGCCCGAUGGGAAGACAGCCCAGACCAAGAAGUCUGAGAUGGGCAUGAUGUCCUACAAGAUGUUCGUGUUCGAUCAGGAGAACUUCCAGGGCCGGUGCAUGGAGAUCGGAGGGGAGUGCAUGAAUGUGUGUGACAUGGGGAUGGACAGAGUCCGCUCCCUGCGCGUCGACUGCGGCCCGUUUGUGGGGUAUGAGCAGAUGAACUUCUGUGGGGAGAUGUACAUCCUGGAGAAGGGAGAGUACCCCCGCUGGGACACCUGGAGUAACUGCCACAGGAACGAAUACCUGCUGUCCUUCAGACCCGUCAGAAUGGACCCUGAGAAGCAUAAGAUCUGUCUGUACGAGGUUGGCGAGUUUAAGGGGCGUAAGAUGGAGAUCAUGGAUGAUGACGUUCCCAGCCUGUUCUCCUACGGAUUCACAGACAGAGUGGGCAGCGUCGUGGUGAGCUGCGGAACGUGGGUGGGCUACCAGUACCCCGGUUACCGUGGCAGCCAGUACCUGCUGGAGAAGGGCGACUUCCGGCACUUUAACGAGUUCGGCGCCCGCUGCCCGCAGUUCCAGUCCGUCAGACGCGUGCGCGACAUGCAGUGGCACCCGCACGGCUGCUACACCAUGACCAGCCAAUGA